AUUUGUGAACUCACAUAGCACAACACAGACCUUCCCAAAAAAAUAUCAAAAUGUUCAAGUUGGUGGUGUUGUCUGCUCUCCUCGCCGUAGCUGCUGCUGCUCCAGGCUUCAUUGCUUCCCAUCCAGUGGUGUACUCCGCACCCAUCGCCACAGUUGCCGUGCACGAACCCGUUCUGACCAAAGUGGGCACCGUGGUGAAGAGCAUUCCCACUUCAGUCUCCCACCAAAGUCAAUCGGUUGUGCACAGCUCUGCCCAUCUUGUUGAGGAUAUUGUUGCACCAGUUGUCAAGACAAGCUAUAUAGCCACUGCUCCAGUUGUGCAUACUUACGCUGCACCAGUGGUUCUGAAAUCGUGGUAAAUAGUCAACGUUGUGAUGGACUGGAUGAAAGCUUGGAUCAGUUGUUGGACCGGGAAUUAAUUUUUGUUUAUUUUGAAACUGCCAACUUUGUACCUAAUUUUUUUGUUAAUUAAAUAAAAAAGAUAAACUAAACUUCCGA